CGUUAGCCUUGACAUCUACAAGAUUGCUUCGACGUGGAAUUGAUGCCUUGUCUCUACAUGUGGCAGCAUAUGUGUUUGCUUGUCGUUCUAUUUGAGGUUGAGCUGUAGAUAUAGCAAAGACGCAUUGAAAUUUCAUCCACAUGGUCAAUCAAUAGUAAACAAGUUACUCUGCAUCUAACUAGGUACCGAUAGAAAUGACGUCAGCAACACUCCCGUAUCGGGUAAUGAUCAGGAUCCCGAGGCAUGGCUGGUUCACGUGCCGACUGCAUGAGGUACAACUCUAUCCGUGAGGGGGCUGAUUAUAGACUUACCACUUCUGCUGUCAGCAUCUGUUCAUCCAAGUAAUCAUUUUCAGAAUUGAAAGCAAUAUCAUCUUCAUUCACGCGCAAUAUGUCGGAAAACUACGGCGACUAUCAGACUGAGAUCUAUGGCCGAGGAGCAUUGACAGGCGUCUUGCCUAAUGUUACUACUGAUCCUCGCUUACUUGAAGAACAGGCAAAGAAGGCCCUAGGCGAUCGUAGCUUCAACUAUGUGGCUGGCGGUGCUGGAGAGAAGGCUACAAUGGAUAGCAAUCGGCUGGCUUUUCGACAAUGGAAGCUAAUCCCGAGGAUGCUGAAGCCGAUGAAUGAUCAGAACCUUGCGGUAAACCUUUUUGGCCAGCAAUAUCCAACUCCUCUUCUCAUGGCGCCGGUCGGGGUCCAGUCUAUUUUCCAUGAUGAUAAGGAGUCUGGCCUUGCAGAAGCCUGCGGGAAUGUCGGGAUCCCGUAUAUCCUUGGCACCGCGAGUAGCAGCUCGAUUGAGGAGGUCGGGCAGGCAAAUGGAGACGGUAAAAGAUGGUUCCAACUUUACUGGCCGCGAGACGAUGAUAUCACGCUAUCUUUGCUGAAACGCGCCAAAGAUAAUGGGUUUUCCGUCCUGGUAGUUACGCUAGACACUUGGUCGCUCGCUUGGCGACCAGCGGACCUGGACAAUGCCUACGUUCCGUUCAUACGGGGCGUCGGCAACACACUCGGUUUUACGGAUCCCGUAUUUCGUGCGAAGUUUGAAAAGGAGUCCGGUUCAAAGGUUGAAGAGGACAUCGUGGGGGCGUCCAAGUCAUGGAUUUCCCAGGUGUUCUAUGGUCAGCCGCAUGCGUGGGAGCAAAUUGCAUUUUUGCGGAAGAAUUGGGAUGGUCCGAUUGUACUCAAGGGCAUUCAGCAUGUGGAUGAUGCGAAGCUCGCCCUUGAGGCGGGAUGUGACGGUAUUGUCGUUUCAAACCAUGGCGGUCGACAGGUUGAUGGUGCGAUCGGCUCACUGGAAGUUCUCCCCGAGAUAGUUGAUGCUGUUGGUGGCAAUAUGACAGUUCUUUUUGAUUCAGGGGUUCGCACUGGAGCAGAUAUCAUCAAAGCGCUUUGUCUGGGAGCGGAUGCUGUCUUGGUUGGCAGGCCGGUGAUCUAUGGGUUGGCAAUCGAUGGAAAGAACGGGGCUGAAGCCGUAAUGAAGGGACUUCUGGCGGAUCUCUGGCAGACCAUGAGUUUAUCAGGGAUAUGUACCGUGGCCGAGUGCACCCGCGACAAGAUCAGGAAGGUUGUGUACCCUGGAGAUGGGAAGGCAAUGUUGUGACAUGUA